UCUGAUUCAAUUUUUGCAGCGCAGCCCCCUCUAAAAGGGCGCACACGCUGCCCCUACUUGUGCGUGUACGUACAACCCUAUUAUGCUACGUACCUACACCACCAUUAUGGAACACCACCAACAACAACAACAACGUAACAAGAAGAACAUCAUGGUAAUGAUGAUGCUUCGGGCAUCAUCGUUGUCUAGUACCAUGAUCCUGUUCUUCGUUAUCGUGUUGUUGAAUGUUCGUGUUGCCUCUUCUGCUGGGGCUUCUGAUAGCGAAGCCCUCCUCAAGUUCAAGGAUUCCUUGAAGAACACGGAUGAAUUGACCAAUUGGAAAAGUUCAUCCAUUCCAUGCGAAGGAGCAACGUCGAAUUGGGUUGGAAUUCGUUGCGAUGGAAAGGGGAGAGUUUGGGGUCUGCAGCUUGAGAAAAUGGGGCUCAAUGGUGACAUCAAUGUGGACAUACUCAAGGACCUGCCUGACUUACGAACCAUAAGCUUUAUGAAGAACAACUUUGAUGGUCCCAUGCCUGAUUUGAGGAAACUUACUGCCUUAAAAACUGUCUACUUGUCCGAUAACAAAUUCUCCGGGGCCAUUCCUCCCGAUUGGUUCGCGGGAAUGCCUUCGUUGAAGAAGGUUCACUUGGCGAAUAAUCAGUUUACAGGGGAGAUUCCUAGGUCGUUGACAGGUUUGGACAAGCUGGUGGAGCUGAGUCUUGAAAAUAACAAAUUUAAAGGCAAAAUACCAGAUUUUAGGCAGCCCGCCGGGUUCACAACCUUUAAUGUGUCUAACAACAAAUUGGAGGGUGAGAUCCCGGAAGGCCUUCGAAAAUUGGAUGCAAGCUCCUUCGCUGGUAAUGAAGAUCUAUGUGGAGGGACAUUAAAAGCUUGCCCCUCAAAGAAGCCCGCAACCUGGAGUAUCGUGGUGGUUGUGAUCAUCGUGAUAGUAGCACUCGCAGCCAUUGCUAUUGCAGCGUUCUUCAUCCUCAGACGCCGCAACAAAGCAUCUGAAUCAUCAAUAGAGGAUCCACCGCCAUCAACAGCAACUGUCCAGAACAGAUCAGUUCGAAACGAACCAGAGCAACAAGCAAGUGCUCCAGGCUCACCCGAAAACUUGAAUGGGAGAGAAGUAAGUGGAAAGCAAAAUAAGGCUGAUCAGAGCUUGAAGCUUUCCUUUGUGAGAGAUGACAGGGAGAGGUUUGAUAUGCAAGACUUGCUGAGAGCCUCGGCCGAGGUGUUGGGCAGUGGUUGUUUUGGGUCUUCUUACAAGGCUGCUUUGCUGAGCGGACCAGUGAUGGUUGUGAAGAGGUAUAAGCAGAUGAACAAUGUAGGAAAAGAGGAUUUCCAAGAGCAUAUGAGAAGGAUAGGGAGAUUGGCACAUCCUAAUUUGCUUCCACUUGUGGCUUAUUAUUAUAAGAAGGAAGAGAAGCUCUUGAUUUCUGACCAUGUUCAAAAGGGUAGCUUGGCUGUUCAUCUUCAUGGACACCAAACCGUAGGCCAACCAAGCUUAGACUGGCAAACCCGUUUGAAGAUUGUCAAAGGAGUAGCCCAGGGCUUACGCUAUCUCUACCAUGAGCUUCCCAGCCUAGUUGCACCACAUGGCCAUCUCAAAUCCUCAAAUGUCCUUCUCAACGAGUCCUACGAGCCCCUCCUCACUGACUACGGCCUCAUCCCAGUGGUGAACCAAGAGCAUGCUCACACCCUCAUGGUGGCCUACAAGUCCCCAGAGUUCAUGCAAAGCAAGCGCAUCACGAAGAAGACUGAUGUGUGGGGCUUCGGCGUGCUGAUCUUGGAGAUCUUAACUGGGAAGUUGCCCACCAACUUUUUGCAGCAUGGGAAGGCAAGUGAGGAGGACUUGGCGAGCUGGGUCAACUCGGUGCCUCAGGACGAGUGGUUCAGUCAGGUGUUUGAUAGAGAUAUGGGGGCAGGCAAGAAUAGUGAGGGGGAGAUGCUCAAGCUCUUGAACAUUGGGUUGGGUUGUUGUGAAGGGGAGGUGGAGAAGAGAUGGGAUUUGAAAGAGGUUGUGGAGAGGAUUGAAGAGGUGAAAGAGAGAGAUAACAAUCAUGGCGAUGAAGAUUUUUUAUCUUCUUGUGCUAGCGAAGGCGACAUGACAAAGAUUGUUGGUUGAUAUCAUCAAAAAUAGUUUUCUUUCUCCUUCGCCAUGAUCAAUCUCUUGAUCUGUAUCUCCGUCCCAAAUCCCCCAGGAUGAGAGACAACA